ACAAAGUGGAUCCAGUUCUAAGAGUGGCAACUCUUUUUUCGAAGGUUAAUUAAUAGUCAAGCCACCGUCAAAAGGCUGACUAUAAAUAAUAGGGAAAGCGUGAUUCAGAAGAGACAUGAACAUAGUGAAGCGUUUUUUUAUGAACCACAACAAAUAUCCAACAGACGAGUCAAGCAUGAUUCCUUCUGGACAGCUUUAUUUGUUACGUUCUCCAUCCUCCCCCAAAUCUGAGAACGAGUGCCUUUAUAACGAUGCAAUAUUGACUGUCAGAGAAACCAACCAUCAAUUUGAUUAUCAACUAGUUGUGUGGAAGGGUAACCCUUCGGACUCAGAGUCUUCGAGUGAUGAUGAUAAUGGAGAUUCUGAUGUCAACGACAAUUUUUUUGAAAAUGAGUCAAACGUCUUGAAGUCUUUUCUUAUUGAUUCAAGCUUGAACCUUUGUCUAUUUGAAAGAUAUUCUCAGAAAAUUAUUUCUUGGAGAGAUAUGGAAGGAGAUUUGGGCGACAUGUUUGAGUACAGAAUAACAUCAACCGUUCCUAACGAUACAAUAGAACAGUUCAUGACUGCCAUCUACAAAUGCAAAUAUGAAAGAAAAUACCAAAAGUCUAGUGCCAAUCUAAGCUUGAAAGAUGUGCAAGAAUUCAUUGUUGACAGGAAUCAGCUUUUUGAUAAUUGCCUUAACUCAGCAAAUACCCCCUCUAUAUCGAGUAACUUGAAUAUGGAUGAGCUAUUGACUCCUAAAAGAAAUAUAGAAGACGAAGUAGAGUUUGCUGAAGAGGGAGAAAGUGACGAUGAAGAAGAUGAAUUAGAAGAAAGAGUUGAGCAUCGUAAUCUGUCCUAUAAUAUGAAUGCCACCAGCUACGAGGACGAAGAAGAGGACGAAAACAACUUUGUUGAUGCUUCGGAGUCGCCGCAAACGGCUAUAUUUUCCGUUCAAAAGACUAAUAGGGUUCUCAUACGUGAUUUUCCAUGUAAGGUUUAUUCAUAUAGUGCAGAAGCACAAGCUUUCGAAUCUGUCUCCAAUCAAUCUCUGGUCUUACUUUAUGAGCUUUCAAACUGGAAUUACUGCUUCGAAGUAAGAGAGGAGGACAAUAGUACAAUUUAUGCCGUGUCUUUGAUUAAUGAUCAACUUGAUCCUACUUUCAAAUUUGAGCAAUUUGCUUUUCUUUUCAAUUUGUAUACCAAAACUUCAGCAACCACUUGGCUUUUGAAGUUUGAAGAUAGAACCACCUAUGAGGGUUUUCAAGCUACGUAUAUGAAACUUCAUUGGCAGAAUAGGAAUGAAACCACGUGGCCCACGAGAAAGGAAGACGAGCAAUACUUGAUCGAUUCAUUGGAUAUGAUGGAUAUUGAUGAUGAUUUGAGCCAAGCUGACGAGGAAACUGAAGAUUCUGAUAGUGAGCAACCAGAAGUUGAGGAUAUCACAGGGACUUCCUCCUUCAAGUUCAAAGGGAGAAAAAAAUACGUGGACUUGGAUGACUCAGAUGAAUCUGAUGAUGAAAACGAAAGAGAGUUCAACAAAGUUAGUAAAAAUUCAGGGUUGGUAUUGGGGUUGAGCACAGACAGAGCUUUCAUUUCAAGGGCCAACAAGAUUGGGAUUUUCAAAACAACAGAUUCUGGUAUUGAGUUUACGGCUGCUAUUAACAAACUAUCACAUUCGAGAAAUGCAAAGAAAGAGCUAAUACCCAGUAAGAUGAUGCUAAUGGAUAACGACAGAACAAUGAUUGUCCAAGAUAAGAGUGCGAUGAACAGCUUACACAAGGUUGAUUUGGAGUAUGGUAGGGUUGUCGAAGAUUGGAAAUUGGAAAAAGACGAUAAAGAUGUGAAUGUUGAAAAUUUUACUACAAAUCGAAAGUUUGGAGAUCUGGCUGCCGAUAUGACAUUUUUGGGUGUUAGCUCUCAGUCUCUUUUCCGGGUAGAUCCAAGAAUGAGUGCAGGAUUUGUUUCUGAUGAUGCAAUCAAAGCUUAUAAGGGAAAGACAAAUUUCAAGCAAGUUUCCACUACUGGUGGUGGUUAUAUUGCUGUGGCAAGUAAAAAUGGUGAGAUCAGGCUAUAUGAUCAACUGGGUAAAAAUGCAAAAACCUUGCUACCGGCUUUAGGAGACGAAAUUAUUGGGUUGGAUAUAUCGGCCAAUGGUAGAUGGUUGUUGGCCACGUGUGCCUCUUACAUUUUGUUGAUUGAUGUUCAAAUCAAAGAUGGUAAAUUUGAAGGGAAGCUUGGAUUUGAAAGAUCAUUCAGUGUGAAGGACAAGCCAAUGCCCAGAAGAUUGAAUCUUAAACCGGAACAUAUGGCGUAUGUCAAACAAAGAUAUGGGCUUCAAACGUCGUUCUCCAUUGCUGCCUUCAACGAGACUAGUGAAGGAGGUAGUCCAACGUAUAUUGUUAGCUCGAUUGGUCCAUUUGCUGUCACAUGGAAUUUUCUCAAAGUCAUUUCUAAUGUGAGAGAUUGUUACAAGAUCCGUAUGUACCAAGAGAAUGUUGUCAUAAGUGAGUUCGUCAAUCAUAACAACAAUCACAUGGUGCUAGCGCUACCGGAUAAUGUUGCUUUGGCUUCAACUUCGUCAUUCAAAAGGCCAAGCGAUGAAUUUAGUGUGGUCAAAACAGCAUUCUAAUACAUAUACCUGCUUGUUUUUUUAGCUUAAUUUCAAUUCCCUUCUCUACUUCCCAAUUCUAAUAUUUUGUGUAAUACUAUAAAUGUACACGGUGUAUAU